UCUCCUUCGUCAGAGCACUUGACCGGAGCAAGGAGGAGCUCCCGAAUCCCGCCCGAUUCAUCGGAUUCCCUCGCCCGGCGGCGAGAUGUCCUUCUUCUUCCGCGCCGCGACGCGGCUGCGCCCGUCGCCGCAGGAGAUCGUCCGCUCCAUCAAGGAGUCCCUCGUCGCCCUCGACACCAAGACCGGCGCUAAGGCUCUCGAAGAUGUUGAGAAAAAUGUACUUACCUUGAGGCAAACACUUUCCGGUGAUGGAGAAGUAGAACCAAAUCAAGAGCAGGUUUUGCAGAUAGCCCUUGAGAUUUGCAGGGAGGGUGUCCUUUCGCUCUUUGUUCAGAAUCUACCUUCCUUGGGUUGGGAGGGUAGAAAAGAUCUUGUCCACUGCUGGUGCAUUUUAUUGAGGCAGAAGGUUGAUGAGAGUUAUUGCUGUGUGCAGUAUAUUGAAAAUCAUGUUGACCUUUUGGAUUUCCUUGUUGUUUGCUACAAGAACUUGGAAGUUGCAUUGAACUGUGGGAACAUGUUGCGAGAAUGCAUAAAAUAUCCUACACUUGCAAAAUAUAUAUUGGAGUCAAGUAGCUUCGAGUUGUUUUUCCAGUAUGUUGAAUUGCCAAACUUUGAUAUUGCUUCUGAUGCUCUGAACACCUUCAAGGAUCUGCUAACCAAACAUGAAGAUGCAGUCUCUGAGUUUCUGAGCUCCCAUUACGAACAGUUUUUUGGACUCUACACAAGGCUUUUAUCUUCAACUAAUUAUGUGACAAGAAGACAAUCAGUGAAGUUUCUUUCAGAGUUUCUGUUGGAGACCCCAAAUGCCCAAAUAAUGAAGCGGUACAUUUUGGAAGUUCGUUACUUAAAUAUUAUGAUUGGUCUGCUGAAGGAUUCAAGCAAAAAUAUCAGGAUAUGUGCCUUCCACAUUUUUAAGGUAUUUGUUGCCAAUCCAAACAAACCUCGUGAUAUUGUUCAAGUUUUGGUUGACAAUCACAGAGAAUUGUUGAAGCUACUCCACAACCUUCCCACAAGCAAAGGUGAAGAUGAACAACUUGAUGAGGAGAGAGAUUUAAUUAUCAAGGAAAUCGAGAAGCUCGUGCGCUUAUCAGUAUAGGCCCUUGGGAAUCUAAAAAUAUCCCUUUCGCUCCAUAAUAUUUUGAAGGCGCCCUGUGUAAUAUGCCGCCCUGUAUAGAUGUUGCUUGUCAUAGGGGAAAAGUUUGCCCAAGAAGUGCAUUCUUCACAAGAACAAUUUGGCAUUGCUUUCUUGAUUUGUCGACAUGAUACACUAUUAAAUGGAAAUUGCAACAUAUUCCAUAUAUGGAAUAAUUCGCAUUAA